AUGGCGCUUCGUGCUACUCAUCAUCAAGGAACUAUCCGUUUCGCAACGACGCUACUACGUCGUAUCGCUCGACCUCUCUCAACUGACGCGGUGGUUGAGUCGGAGUACAAGCGUGGGGAGAUCGGUAAAGUCUCCGGAAUACCAGAGGAGCAUCUUUCCCGCAAGGUGAUAAUAUACUCACCAGCAAGAACAGCUACACAGCAAGGAUCUGGCAAACUUGGCAAAUGGAAGAUUAAUUUCGUCUCCACUCUUAAGUGGGAGAAUCCAUUGAUGGGAUGGACUUCUACUGGUGACCCUUAUGCCAAUGUUGGUGACUCUGCUCUUUCUUUUGAUUCUGAGGAUGCUGCAAAAUCAUUUGCUCAGCGUCAUGGCUGGGACUAUGUGGUCAAGAAGCCCAAAACGCCCUUGUUGAAGCCUAAGUCUUACUCGGACAACUUCAAAUGGAAAGGCAAUCCUCAGCCAGAUAAGUGA